AUGCCGCGUGUGAAAAGCAAACCGAGACCAUUUCGACCUGAUUGCUUUCCAGAAGAUGGUGUUGAAUCCUCCGAAUUGGAUUCAACGGGAUCAGUGGAAAGUCCGUUCCACACAUCGACUGGUUUAUGUGCAACAACAACAAUAACAGCAGGAACCACACCAACACCCCCUGCUCCACCAUCGUCAAUAUCAUCCGCAUCACCGUCACUGGAAGUGUACACUUCUCAUCCCUGUGCUAUACCAAUUGCUAUUCCUCUGACUAGUCUUGUGGCCACUUCAGCCUUACCAACUGUAACCGUAUUAACUCAAGCUGGCGGAAGUACCCAAGGUGUGACACAUGUAACCACUCCACUCGUCUCGGCGGCCAUUAUUCCUACGGUAACCCCGUUGGGAUUGGCCUUUCCCACAAUCCCGACUCUUGCAAUUGACCUUGGAUCGAUGCUUUGGGCUGGUACACAGUCAAUUGGCACAAUCAAGGAAACGGAUUCGUCACGCCCAACACAGUUACCGCAAACCUCAUCAACAACGACAGCAACAUGGUCAUCCCCAUCCCCGUCAUUCAUUGGACCCGCACAAGUGCCACCACCACCACCAGCAUCAACAACAGUGAAGCCAUCAACAAGGCCGGCACCAUCACCCGAAUCAAUUCCACCGUUGAUUAGACCGUACCCCGAUAGAGAAGAAUCAGAUCUGGGUGACAAAAGGAAACCGUAUAAGAAAGAUCGCGAAAUGACUCGCUGUUUAAUAUGUGACAAACGAAUGCGUCGAGGUUCCAUGCGAGAACACAUGGACCGGCACAACAAUAGCGGUCGAUUCGGAUGUCCUGAAUGCGGUAAAACAUUCAGCCGAGCCAGUGCUCGGGAGAAACACAUACGUAUUCACACCGGCGAGAAACCGUAUGCGUGUCCGCAUUGUGCCAAAGCGUACCGCCAACGUGUUCACUUGAACGAACACAUGCGGUCUCACACUGGCACGAGACCGUAUGUGUGUAGUCUGUGUGGUUUCGCUCUGGCUUCCAAAUCCCUACUCAAUCGUCAUGUGCGCACGCAUUGGUCACACGCGACGGAGAGUGCUCAAUCAGCCAAACAGUCCUCCUCACUGCCCGAAGACUCCUCGAUCGAUGGCGUAGCUAGUGGUACAGCCACCAGCAACAAAACGAUCACAGAGAAUAUGGAGCACAGGCAGCCGCUCAACAACUCUUCCACAUCACAUAUUCCUCAGACCCUAAUGGAACAAGAGCGGUUGAAGGAACUGUGGCGUAAACACGUGUGUGAGCAAUGCUCGACCGGGUUUCCCACACUGCAAGCUUUGCGCAGUCAUCGAAUGACCACUCACGGUUUCAUUCCGUCCCAUCCGUGUCCGCAGUGUGACGAACGGUUCAGUUCAAACAAACUACGUAAACAACAUCUACGCCUCAAACAUCCACAGUUCUGUCCUGUGUGUUCCAAACAGAUGGCACAAAGACGUCGUUGGUUCCUUGAGGCACAUAUUCGAGACGAGCAUCCGGAAGUUUCGGCAGUCGAUGUGAUCGGUCCAUCCCCAUUGACAAACUUCUGGCGUAAACGAUUUGAAAUUCAUUCCACCCCGCUGGAUUCGGUGUCUGGUUCCGUGGAGAGCGUAACCAAUUCCGACCCGGAAGAUUCGAUUGUAGAUCAAUCAACUGCGGAACCAAUUUUGGAAACAGCAGACAACACGGAUAGCGGAUGA